AUGUCGAACGUGGUGGAACGCUUCUUCAGCAUUGCUUGGGUGACGUUUGGCCAUCAACGACACGGCCUGCUGCCACACACGCUCGAGACGAUAUUGUUUCUCAGCCAGAAUCGGUCGUACUGGGAUGCAACAACUGUGGACAAUUUGAGCUAG